AUGAACAUAUUUUGGCGCUGUCAUUCGUGCCGCUUCAUCAAACCCUACACUGAACGAUUGGUCAAGUACGACGGCUCUUCUCUAUCCAUGAUCAUCUGGGAUGAAGGAAGGAUUUACUUCUUUCUUCGAGAACCCUUGGAUCGUCAAAGUUUUGUGGCCGAGUCAGAAAUAUUUCCUAAUUGGGAAGUUACGGAGUCGACCAAUGAGGAUGCUCCCAAUGAGGACGCUCAACUGUUCGGCGAUUCACCCGCGGGCCUGCAAACGCAGGCCGCAUCGGGAAUGCGUUCAUUCACUCUGCGGAAACCUGGCCCAGUCUUGCGGCUUCCACGAAUUACGUUACCAUUUGCCGACUCCCAGAUACAACACUACAGUACAUGUCUCAGAACACUCGCCACGGCCUCUUCCACCAAGACGCAACUUCAGCAGCGUCGUGCUGGUGUCUCAGCGAUGUGCUCAUUAUGCAGCUCCCGUCUUCUCGCACAAAGGCAUUCUUCCACUCACUCACACAGCCCUGCUUGUCCGCCGCAACAAAGCAUUCACAAUGACCUUGUCACUUUCUACGACACAAACCACAAAGAAACGGAUCUUCCCUCAGCGCAUACAUUCAAGCAGUCACCAUACUCACGAAAAUUCGCUUCCUUCGUCUCAUCACUCUUCCUGCACAGCUUUUUGACUUCGAUACCGGCUAUUGAAUCUCCAAACAAGCUCUGCAUCAAGGAAGAUUCGAUCGAGACAGAACAAGCGCAGACCAUCACGAUGAGCACUCCAAGCAAACACCAGACCUUUUGUCACUGCUCAAAGUGUGUCACCGACAUGCAGAUCUCGCCGUUCAGCAUGGAGCCCGAGGUGACCGACUUCCGCCACCAGUCGCCGGACGACUUCGAUGCAUUGCACAACAUGUAUCUGUCCGAGUUGCAACCACACCCUCUGACUCGUUCGUCUGCUGUACGUAGAGCCAACCGUGAAGCAAUGGCUUACACCGAUGACGCCGAAGCGCUAACAGGACCUCAGACUAUGUCAUCAACGAAUAGGUCGUUCUCCAUCGUGCCCAGCGAUGAUGGGCUCGUUCGGCAAGAGGAUCAGGAUGUUACCCAGUCCAGACCCACCACCGCCCCUCAGGUUGCCAUGGCAUAUGAUGAAUCUCCACCGAUGCAUCCAGCAGACUUCUACCACACUAUGCGGCCGUUGACGAGUGAGCAGAAAGAUGACCUCCGCGGGGAGUCGAUCGCAAACUCGCAGCGUUCUUCCGGUCACAACAUCAAACGCUGGGUCAAAAAAGCCGAGAAGGUGAUGGAAAAGCUUGUGGCCAAAGAUGACAUUCCGAAUCAGUCUCAUCGUCCGUUUCCCUCGCCGAAGCCACUGAUCAUCCAGCAUGGUGAUCAACAAUUCACACAGCUCCAGCGCAAUGUCAGCCUGCAGACUGGUAAAGCGCACCCGGAUAUGCACAUCAUCUCCCGACAGGAGGCUUUGGCAAAGGAUCAGGCUCGCAAAGAUGCAUUUGAGCGUCUCAAUGGCAAAGCUCUCACAUCAAACCCCAACGCUCCUUUAGCUAAGCGCCAAGUUGGACAUCCUGAUCGGGGUACUGUGUGGGAGGACUUUGCGACAUAUGUCUCGCCGGAGAGCAGCAAACAAUCGGCAGCAGACACCGCAGUGCUGCCUCCAUCGCCCGCUCGCAUUCCUGCCCACUUCAACAACCUCACCCGCAAGCCGGUCCCUCUCCGUAUCCCGUCUCGUCAAGAUUCCAAAGACAGCGAGUUCGACGUUGAGCGCCGUGAUUCGAUCGACAGUCAAUUCUCCAAUAUGCUUCCGAUCAACGUCUUCAAGUCCAUGCCUCCGUCUCCGCGACAGGAAAUGCUUCGGAGACAGAUGAGGCUGCAGCGAAAGCCGGUCAACGAAGCACUACAUCGCGUGCAGACAAUGGAAGCAUCGAAGGCGUUCUACCGACCAGAACGACAAGUCGACGCGCAAUCUCAACACGGUUCAGUUCACACGGGAUUCACGUUUCCGGACACGCCGAGCGCAUCUCCGACUUCCUGGCCCGGAUCGCCCGCUCAGUUCACCAUUGCUCCAAAGAAGACGCGCAAAGCUCCUCCACCCCCACUCAAGCUCAAACCGGGUAAGGACUACUUCUUCACCUUUCCCGUCACCUACAGACUUCAGCCGGCUAUCGACCGCGCUUUGGCUGAGAAUCGACUGCACAGGGACGUCCCCCCGACCGAGCCGAUGCAACCUACCCCACCUCACCCGUCCGACUCAACUAGCGAUGAGAUCGAGGCGCUUCGCCUUCGUCUAGAUGAACCAUUCGAUGCAGACGACAACUCGCCGAUCGUGGACAUUCGCGAGCACGCCAAGCAUCGGAGUGUUAAGGUGCAGACGAGAGUCAAUGAGACGACGAUCGAGUCAAGGUACUGGAGGGAGCGGAGAGAUGAGAUGGACCCGGCGCAGAAGGUUUGGAGGGAUAUGGAGGUGGAGAUGAGGGGAGGAGAGACAAGUUCGGCCAAGUCGAAAGAUGGCAGAGUUCCUGGUAAGAAUGGAGGGUUCUUUUGA